AUGGCCACUACUGACCACAGGAGGGAUGACAAACAGACACCUAUUGAUUUAGCGAACAGUACGACGGAUAUGCUUACGUGUAACACAGAGUCAGGCGAAAAAGAUGAUGACAAGGAAGAAUGCACAGAAGAAAGUGAUGAUAUUGUGAAACAACGAGGACGACAGGGAAGAUCUGGCAAGAACGUCUCCUCGUCUUCCUCUUCCUCUCUCUCCUCCUCUUCCUCCUCCUCAAAAGAGAUGGCUACUACUGACCACAGGAGGGAUGACAAACAGACACCUGUUGAUUUAGCGAACAGUAUGACGGAUAUGCUUACGUGUAACACAGAGUCAGGCGAAAAAGAUGAUGACAAGGAAGAAUGCACAGAAGAAGGUGAUGAUAUUGUGAAACAACGACGACGACAGGGAAGAUCUGGCAAGAACGUCUCCUCGUCUUCCUCUUCCUCUCUCUCCUCCUCCUCCUCCUUCUCAAAAGAGAUGGCCACUACUGACCACAGGAGGGAUGACAAACAGACACCUGUUGAUUUAGCGAACAGUACGACGGAUAUGCUUACGUGUAACACAGAGUCAGGCGAAAAAGAUGAUGACAAGGAAGAAUGCACAGAAGAAGGUGAUGAUAUUGUGAAACAACGACGACGACAGGGAAGAUCUGGCAAGAACGUCUCCUCGUCUUCCUCUUCCUCUCUCUCCUCCUCCUCCUCCUCCUCAAAAGAGAUGGCCACUUCUGACCACAGGAGGGAUGACAAACAGACACCUGUUGAUUUAGGUGUGUAUAGAAAUAAACAAGACCUAGAUUAUGCUUGA